GGCAGCCCAUGGAUCCCAUCACUUGACUAAUUAGCCUGGAAGUGCUGCUGAAGAUCCUCAUAUUUCGCCUGCCGACCCAGCAGCAGAGCGCAGACAGAUAUAGAGCAGCAGUCUGGCUGCAGGCUGAGUGCCUGGCAUUGGGCAGGCUCUCUAUCUCUCUCUAUUCACACUUAGCACUGAAAGGCUUAUAAGUGGCAGAGCGGCGGAAGUGAGGGGCGGCAAUGCUUUGAAAGAGAAGAAAAAGAGGAGAAAGAGAGAGAUCGGAGCUGAGACCACGAAAAGACCACAGGAUGCGACUUCGCUGCAGGAGCAAAUCCCCUUAGACUUCCAAGGCAGCUGCAACAACUGCUUCCGACACACACAGAAAGAUAAGAUGAUGGACAGUCAGCGACCAUCUCAGGGGAGGCCCAUGAGGAACCUUCCUGCAGACAGAGGCCAGCUGAAAACCAGCACUUACAUUGUGCCCUGCUUCCUCUUUGUGGAGCUGGUGAUCAUGGCAGGGACCGUUCUGUUGGCGUAUUACUUUGAGUACACGGACACGUUCCCAGUGCACAUCCAGGGCUUCUUCUGUUUCGACAAAACCUACUCAAAGCCAUACCCCGGACCAGAGGACAACAGUAAGGCGCCGCCGGUCCUGGUGUACUCCCUCGUCACCGCCAUCCCCACUGUGACGAUUCUGAUCGGGGAAGUGACGGGCUUCUUUGUGAAGACGGAGGGAUCUCAGGAGAAGACCAUAGUGACCGCUGACUGCUGUUAUUUCAACCCUCUCCUUCGGAGGAUCGUACGUUUUCUAGGGGUCUACUCCUUUGGUCUCUUUGCUACAACCAUCUUUGCCAAUGCCGGUCAAGUGGUGACAGGAAACCAGACGCCUCACUUCCUGUCCGCCUGCAGACCAAACUACACAGCUCUAGGCUGCCAGUCUCCUCUGCAGUACAUCACAGAGAACCGAGCCUGCACAGGAAACCCGUACCUGGUGGUGUCCGCCCGCAAAUCCUUCCCCUCCAAAGAUGCAGCCCUCAGCUUUUAUUCAGCCAUCUACACAGUGAUGUACGUGACACUGGUGUUCCGGACCAAAGGAACCCGUCUGAUGAAGCCCACUUUAUGCCUGGUGCUGCUGUCUUUGGCUGUGCUGGUCGGGGUGGUCAGAGUGACAGAGCACAGGAACCACUGGAGCGACGUACUGGCCGGUUUUGUUACUGGAGGGGCCAUCGCUGCAUUCCUGGUCUCAUGUGUGAUCAACAAUUUCAAACCAACUAAGCUAGCAGUGCCGACCCCUCCCCCCCCUCCACAGCGUCCCGAGCCCCCCAUCAGCCUGCCUCUCCUCAGCCUGCCCCGCGUGGAGAGUCCACUCGAAAAGUUAAGUGGCUUCCAGGCUCCGGGGCUACCAUAUUCUGAGAUCACAUGACCAUCAGCCAAC